AGAACAAGCACUUUCUGUUUUCAACGAAUUUAGGAAAACAAAAAUCAUUAAAAACUUGAAACCAAAAAAGAGAGGAAAAAAAAUGGCAGAGGAGGGAGAAGUGAUCGGUUGUCAUCAGAAAGGAAUUGAAACCAAAAAAUUGAUAGUCGUGGACUUCACUGCUUCUUGGUGUGGUCCCUGUCGGUUCAUUGCCCCAUUCUUGUCGGAAUUGGCCCAGAAACUACCCAAUGUUACCUUCUUGAAGGUGGAUGUGGAUGAAUUGAAGUCGGUUGCUACUGAUUGGGCUGUGGAGGCAAUGCCAACUUUCAUGUUCCUCAAGGAGGGUAAUAUCGUCGAUAAGGUUGUAGGAGCUAAAAAAGAGGAGCUGCAGCAGGCCAUUGCCAAGCACAUUGGUAGUGCAUCAGUCUAAUAUGCUUUAUUUCUGCACAGACGUAUACAUACGCUUGCAUAGUACAUCCUAAUAUACAUAUCUUGUGACAGUUUAUCUGUGUGUAUCAGCAAGAACUGCUCUAAUUUCAGUUUCAUAAGGUAGGGGUAAGGUCUGUGUACACACUAUCCUCUCCAGACCCCACUAUGUGGGAUUAUACUGGGUAUGUUGUUGUAAUGGACUUUGGAUUUAUCAAGUUCUUGUUAUAAAGUAUGAUAUUUGGCUUGUUUC